UAGGCAGAGCAGACCAGGGCCAGAGGCCAAAAACCAGGCUGGAAACUGGAAACAACUUAACAAGAGGUGAAAAAAAAGCGCCAAGCGUCUCGUCUGCUGAACUGAAAAGGUUUUGUGAAGUUUGAAGGCGAGCUUGGCCCUGGCAAGCAAGAAUCUUGUUCCGCAAGUCUUUCUAAUCAUCCAGUCGCCAGUCUUUCUCGUCUCGACACCGGCAGACACAGACGUGUUGACAGUUGACAGUGUUGUGUCUCUACUCAACGUCCCACCGUUGUAAAAUUGCCUCAUCAUGGGAAAAUACCAGCUCAUCUACUUUAAUGUGCGAGGUAGGGGUGAAGCCACCAGAUAUCUUUUUAAAGACAAUGGAAUUGAUUACGAUGAGGUCAACUGCAGAGAAAACUGGGCAAAGGAGUGGAAGUCACAGAUGGCCUUUGGCCAAACGCCGUGCUUGAAAGACAACGACUUGAGCCUUGUACAGUCUAAUGCCAUUCUCAGAUAUCUGGGCCGUAAGCAUGGUCUGUACGGGUCUAAUGAGGAGGAGGCUGCCUAUAUUGACAUGAUAACUGAGGGUAUUGAGGACUUGAGAGUGAAAUAUGUGACUAUGAUCUACAAGAACUAUGAAAAUGGCAAAGAACCAUAUGUGGCUGAUCUGCCUAAACAGUUGCUGCCGUUUGAGAAACUUGUGACCAAGCAUGGUGAUGAUAAAUCUGGUUUCUCUGUUGGAAACAAGCGGUCUUUUGUUGACUAUGCCCUGUUUGAUCUCCUUGACAUCAACGUGGUGCUGGCCCCCAACUGUCUGGACGACUUCCCGGCUUUGAGCGCCUUCUACAAGGCCAUUUUGAACCGCCCUGGUAUUGCAGCCUACAGGGAGACUGAAGCCUUCAAGGAGAGAACCAUUAAUGGAAAUGGAAAACAAUAAAAAUAGCUACAUAGUUAAAUGCUUGGUGGUAGUUAGGCGUUUCUCUUUUGAAGGGAAGCCCUAAGUGGCCAUUGUUACCAGAUUUGUGCUAUAUAUAAGAGAAAUUUGUUUCUCAAUCCAAGGGCAAAUAUUAUGUUUCUCAUUUGUUGUUGAAUCUAUUUUUUUUUCUUUCAUCUCAUUUUCAAGUAUGAAAUGGAAAUAUGGUUAAGAAUAUAAAGUAUGGCUGUUACUACAUUCACUAUGCUCCUUUUUUUUUUGAUACAUCAAUAUUUUAAAUCUAUGAAGGUUUCAGUGCCGCAUUUAUAUUGAUGCCACUUGUUGGGAUUUCCCAAACUUGAGUUGUUGAGCCUGUUUUAGCAACUAGCUCAAGAUGAUUUAUGUCUAGAGAUUUUACUCUGUGAAUAUAGAUCAUCAAUUUUGUUGUAUGGUGCUAGACUACAGAGCAAAUGGCUAAGGUACAAAUCUCCACAGGAGCAUUCUUGAAUUGUCCAUUUUCAAGGGAGUUUUCAAGGCCCUUCACCUGCUCAGCUGUUUGAGAGGGAUAUUAAAUUCAGGGCUCCUUUCAGAGACUUUGCCUUUUAGAUAGAAGCUUUCAGCUGUUUCUUAUAUUCUGAGUUGUGUUUACAUUGUUUUUACUUAAUUAAUGUGCUGAUAUUUUUACUCUUUUAAAAUAUUAAACUUGAUCUAAUAAUUA